AUGGCGGCCGCCCCGCCGGCCACCUCGGAUCCCUCGACAACAUUCCGAGCAGAUGACGUAGUGGAGAUCACGGGCCUCCAGGUGCGGCAAGAGCUCAAUGGGCUUCGUGCGACCAUCAUCGAUUGGUCCGAAGCAGAAGAGCGGUGGCGGGUACUCCUGGAAGACCAGACAGGGAAGAUGCUCCGCACGGAGCAUUUGGUCCUUGUUCGGCGAGCGCGAGAACCUUCGCCACCGCCGCCGGCGGGCAUCUGGACGCCCCAGUGGAAGGCUCCAGGAGGAUACGCCAUUUCCUUAGCGCCCGGUGACCGCGUGCGGGUGAAGCUGCAGGAGGAGCCGCUUCUGGAGCAUCGCGAGGGCGGACACAGUCUCGAAGGUGUGGUCGUGCGCUGGGAACCCGAUCUCAACAAGUGGAAGGUCCGGCUCAGCAACGGCAGUUGCGAGCUGCUCGCACAGACCAGCCUAGAGCCAAUGGAGGAUUGGAACGUUCCAGGGCCGACCCAGGGGUCGACUGUGAGGCGGCAGCCUCCCGCAGAGGAAGAAGCGCCCUGUUUCGGCGCUGAUGCGCGGGUCGUUGUGCAAGGACUGCAGGUGCGGCCCGACCUCAACGGCAAACUCGGUAGCGUGGUGACCUGGGACACAGCAGAGCACCGGUACAAGGUGCAGCUGGACGAUGGCACCGGUAAGAUGCUACGGCCUGCCAACCUGCGACUGGCAACGGUGCAAGACGACCCACGGCUGGGCGCACCCGAAGUCAGCGGUCGGGGACAUGGCGGCCCGCAGAGAUGGAAGGACGGAGCUCCAGGUGGUGACGUCAGGGGCCCUCGUGGCGGGCUGUGUACCGGUCAAAGAGUGCGAGUUCGUGGCCUUAUAGAGCGCAACGAACUCAACGGCUGCCAGGGCGAAGUCGCCGGCUUCGACGACGUUGAGCAAAGAUGGCAGGUGGCACUCGACGACGGCACGGGCAAGCUGCUGAAAGCCGCGAAUCUGGAGGCACUUUCCGCAGAGUCGGACGAGGAUGCCGAUGUCGAUAUGCCACCAGCGCAGCCGAGGCCCGGGCUCCACCCAGGAGGCCGCGUCCGUGUACAGGGCUUAGAAGUGAACCAAGAGAUCAACGGGAUGACGGGCACGCUGGUGGCCUGGGAUCGCAUGGAGGAGCGAUGGCAGGUCCGGCUUGAUGAUGGGCAGGGCAAGCUUCUCCGUGCGGCGAAGUUGAUGCCCAUUGGUUCGGACGAUACCGAAGGGCAAGGCAUUGCCGUCGGAGCGCGCGUGCGGCUAACAGGCGUCAGGUCAAACCCGGAAUUGAACGGCCAACUUGGCAUCGUGCAGGCUUGGGAAGCCAACAGCGAGCGAUGGCAGGUCCUCCUGGAUUCUGGUGUGACGAAAAACAUCAGGCCGGCGAACCUGCAGCUUUGCAGCGAUCAGAAGUUGGACGGGAAGAGGCCGGAAACGACCCCGGAGCUUGUCGCCGUUGAGUCCAAGCUUCUGGACAAGACCCGGCCCGUAGCUACGGCACCGCCUGCUGGGAGGCCUGCGGCCACAGCGCCUUUCGCGGCUUCAGAGAGGCCUCCGCCUCCCAACAAUACGCGAUCAGCAGCCUAUGAAAGCCCGCCUUCUGCCGCCCCAGCGUCGCCAAAGGUGUCCACGGCUCCCGUCAGGCCGAGUGCCCCGGUGAAGCUGGGACCUGGUUCUCGAGUGAUGGUCUCCAGCCAAAGACGGCAAGACCUGGAUGGACAAGUUGGCACGGCGCUAGAGUGGAUCGACUCGAUCGAGAGGUGGAAGGUCGUGUUGGACGAUGGCACAUCCUUGCUGACGCUUAGCGAGAAUAUCUCUGCUAUCUCCUCCGGCUGGAACUCGAAGACGGCACAGAUGUUGGACUGA